UCAGUUUGAUUUCUACGUAAAGAUUCGAUGAAUUUCCAUUUAGAAGAUUGGUAUUAUGUUGAGGUUAUGUUUAUUAUAAUCGGUCCUCUUUCGACCACAUGUUAUAACCUCUUUGAUAGUUUUGUUUAAUUUAUGUUGUUACAUCGUUAAAAAUAUUUGGAGUGGUUUAAAAAUGGGUAAAAAGGGAAAGAUCGGAAAACAAAGAAAAGAUAAAUAUUAUCAGUUAGCCAAGGAAACAGGUUACAGAUCACGUGCUGCUUUCAAAUUAAUACAGCUUAAUCGUAAAUUUGAGUUUCUUCAAAAAUCUCGAGUAUGUAUAGAUUUAUGUGCAGCACCUGGUGGAUGGAUGCAAGUGGCACGACAAAAUAUGCCAGUAUCAUCAAUAGUUAUUGGAAUAGAUUUGUUUCCAAUAAAACCAAUACCUGGUUGUAUAAGUUUAGUCGAAGAUAUUACAACAGAUAAAUGUAGAGUGGCUAUUACUCGUGAAUUAAAAACUUGGAAGGCAGAUGUUGUUUUAAACGAUGGUGCACCUAACGUUGGAAAAAAUUGGCUCCACGAUGCAUAUCAACAAGCUGUUUUAACGUUGCACGCUGUUAAAUUAGCUACACAAUUUUUAAGACCAGGUGGAUGGUUUGUUACUAAAGUAUUCAGAUCAAAAGAUUAUAAUCCAUUGAUAUGGGUAUUUAAACAAUUAUUCAAAAAGGUACAUGCAACAAAACCACAAGCUUCUCGUAGCGAAUCAGCUGAAAUUUUUGUGAUCUGUCAAUAUUAUAUUGCACCUGACAAAAUAGAUCCAAAAUUUUUAGAUUCAAAAUAUGUAUUCUCUGAAUUACAAUUAGAGCCUACAAAUAAAUUGAAUGUAUUCCAUCCGGAAAAACAGAAGAAACAAAAGGCCGAAGGUUAUCCGGAAAAUGAUUAUACGUUGUAUCAUUCGGUCUCUGUAAAAGAUUUUAUUAAAUUUGAAAAUGGAAUAGACGCUUUGCAAAAUACAUCGGAAAUUUUAUUAGACGACGAUGAUAUUGCGAAUCACGAGAAAACAACGAAAGAGAUUAAAGAAUGUUGUAAAGAUAUUAAAGUACUUGGUAGGAAGGAUUUGCGUUUAUUACUUAAUUGGUGGAAAGCUUUAAGGGAAAUAUUUGUCGAAUCAAAAUUAAAAUCAAAUGAUAUAACGGAAGAAACAACGGAGGAGAGUAAAAAAUCUUUAACCAUUGAAGAACAAGAAGAUUUAGAGGAUGAAGAAAUUAUGCAGGAAAUAGAAAAGGUUCGUGAAGAGGAAGAAAAAGAAUUGAAGCGAAAAAAGAAAAGGGUAAACAAAGAAAGGCAAAAAUUAAACGAACGUUUAAAUCUUAAAAUGAUUCACAAAGGUGAUGAGGGACCUAAAUUAGAAGGAGACGAGAUGUUUAGUUUGACACAAAUUAAAACCCAUGAGGCAUUGGUAAACGUAACCGAUCAAAGUCCCGAUAUCGUAGCGGAGAGCGAUCACGAUUCUGACGAAGAACGUAAAGGAAAAUCAAAAAAGAUAAUCUAUGAAAAGGAUAAAGGACAUUUAGAUAGUUCUGAAUUAUAUUAUAAGUCGGAGGAUAGCGAGUUAGAAAAAUCUGACGAUGAAAGUACGGAGGAUAGCGAGAAAUCAGGAUUAGGUUUUAGUUCGUCGGAAGACGAAGAAGAUGAAAGUGCUAAGAAAAAGAAUAAUCGAAAAAAUACUAAAAACGAAGACGAAGAGGAAACUAAUCCUCUGAUAACAGAUCUUGAUUAUAGAGAUAAAAAAACUAAGAGAAUUCACAAAGCUCAGUUAUGGUUUGAAAAGGAUAUAUUUAAAAAUUUGGAGGAUGAAAAGGAUGAGGACUUUGAAUUGGAUAAAAUGAUCGAGAAUUAUAAGGAAAAGGGUGGAAAAAUUGUUGGAGAGGAGAAGGAGCAAAUGGUGGAGAAAGAAGAAGAUGAUGAUGAUGAUGAUGAUGAUGAUGAUGAUGAUGAUGAUGAUACUGACGCGGGAUCAAAUAGUGCGAGCGACGAUACAGAUUCUAAUUACGAUGUGGAGGAGAUGAUGGCGCCAAAUAAAAAAGUCAAAAAGAUAGGUGGUAAGGAUGGAUACGAAGUAGUGUCGAAAGAGAAAGCUAAUGAAAAAUUAAAGAAGAGAAAAUUAUCGGUUCAAGAUCUGGCAUUGGGUUCUUUAAUGAUACAAUCUAAGAAGGCUAGACGAGAUUUGAUCGACGGCGCUUGGAAUAGAUAUGUCUUUAACGAUACCAAUUUGCCAGAUUGGUUUGUACAGGAUGAAGAAAAGCAUAUGAAAAAAGAUGCUCCAGUACCGAAGGAACUCGUACAAGAAUAUGAAAAGAGAAUAGAGGAUUUGAAUGUUAGACCGAUCAAAAAGGUUUUAGAAGCUAAAGCGAGAAAAAAGAAACGUUCGAUGCGUAAAUUAGAGAAAGCAAAGAAAAAGGUCGAAGCUUUGAUGGAAAGUACAGAAAUAAGUGAACGUGAAAAAGCACGACAAGUUAAAGCCAUAUAUAAGAAAGCUCAUAAGGAGCCAAAGAAGGAAGUAACUUAUGUAGUAGCGAAGAAACAUACUUCUCAAAAAAGAGCAGUAAGGCCACCCGGAGUAAAAGGCAGAUACAAAAUAGUAGAUCCUAGAAUGAAGAAGGAUUUGCGAGCGGCUAAGGCAAAGGAAAAGACAAAAGGACGAAGUAAAAAAAAGAGUCAUGGCGGUGGUAAACCACCAAGAGGAAAGCCUAAAGUAUCGAAAGGCAAGAAAUUUAAAUAAUUUUAUUCUUUAAUGAUUGUACCUUUUUUUAUGCGACGUACGA